UGUACACAAUAAUGUUACUCCUCCUCUUUAAAAGCAGAUGAAUUGAGAAACUAGCUAGUAGAACGUACUUUACUAUUUAUCUAAAUAAGAAAAAGAGAAGUAAACCAUAAUGGAUGAUUUUUAUAACGUUAAUAUUGCAACGUUACUGACUUCAAUAUUUUGUCCUACCGGAAAAUCGCGAGAUGUUUUUUGGUAAAGAUCGCGUUCAAGUGUAAAUUAUUUUAAGAUGUGAAAAACCAUAUUGACCACCAUUCAUUCAUUGAUCCAUUCACAAAGUGCAAUAGAAAUGAAGGUUAUAAAGUUGGCGAUACUGGUAGCUAUACUAUUUGAAUCAGCUUGUGCAUCUGUGGGUGAUCGGUUAAUCGACUUUCAAUCCUGUGUUCAACAAUGUAUAACUUUUAUUGAGGCUGAUUUUAAAAAUCCUCGAUUCGAUAUUUAUUCUCCAUUAAGAGCACUUUGGAGUUUAGAAAAGAAUUGUAAUUAUAAAUGUCAACAACUCAUAACUGAUAUAAGGUUGUCUCGUGAUGAACCUAUGGUUCAAUUCUAUGGGAAAUGGCCUUUUAUUCGAAUGUUCGGUAUCCAAGAAUUUUAUUCGACUAUAUUCUCCAUUGCUAAUUUUUACGUCAAUUAUAAGAAUUUCUAUAAAGUGUUAUUACAAGUUAGAAAGAACAAGAAAGAAAAUGGUGGAAUUGGAAAUACAAAUGUUUAUGCGGUAAUGUUAGGACAAUUUCUAAAUCUAAUCAUCGUUUCCUUAAUUGGUUGGACUUUCAGUACAAUUUUUCAUAUUUAUGAUAAUAACAUUACAGAAACAUUGGAUUACUUUGGUGCCCUGGCAAUUAUCAUCACAAGUUUUAAUUGUGUAUUCAUACGAUAUUUUGCAUUAUUUAAACGUCCAGUGGCAUUAAGAAUCUGGCAAUUGAUGAUGUUGACUAUUUACAUUAUUCAUUGUUUGAGAUUAUACUUACAUUGGGAUUAUGAUUAUAAUACAAAUUUCAAUUUAGUGAUUGGGAUCUUCACUAUUUUACUUUGGGUAUUCCAUUCUUUUUCAAAUUAUAGACAAUUCAAAAGACGUUAUAUCAUCUAUAACAAUUCAAUCCAAUUAUUACCGUUUGAAACUAAAAUCAUUAAAAGGAUAAAUAUGUCAGUUAGAUUAAUCCCAUUAUUACCUGUAUUUUUAAAUGGUUGGAUGAUCUUAGGGAUGUUAUUUGAAAUAUUUGAAUUCACUCCAUGGCAUAGAUUAAUUGAUGGUCAUUCGUUAUGGCAUUUAUUUACAAUUUUCCCUCCUAUAAUUUGGUAUGAUUGGAAUAUUUGGGAUAUUGAAAUGUUAAAAAUCACAGAUAAA